CCCGCUGCAGCCGCCCGGGGGUCAGGGCCGUGCCGGCGCCGCCGCCCGAUCUGCGCGGGGAAGGCCAUCUGUGGAAAAGAAAAAGAGGAAAAAAAUGAAGUACUUAUUUUUAAUAUUUCUCAUGAAUUUAUUACACCAGUAUGCUGGGAAAUCUUUGAGAAGAGAUGGAAGUUCCCUGAAGUCAUUUGAAGACAUUAAAAAUGAGAUAGCUGGCUAUACUAAUAUUGCUAAGGCUAUUAUUGAUCUUGCUGUUCAUGGAAAGGCUCAGAACAGAUCCUAUGAAAGAUUAGCAGUUUUUACUGACACCAUAGGACCAAGACUCAGUGGUUCAAAAAACUUAGAGGCAGCCAUCAAAUAUAUGUUCAGUGCCCUGCAGGAAGACAGGCUGGAAAAUGUGCAUCUGGAGCCUGUGAAAGUACCACACUGGGAAAGAGGAGAAGAGUUUGCAGUGAUGUUGGAACCAAGGAAUCACAGCAUUGCUAUUUUGGGACUUGGGAACAGUAUUGCAACUCCUCCAGAAGGAAUUACAGCAGAAGUCAUAGUUGUAGCCUCAUUUGAUGAACUGCACAAACGAGCUCAGGAGGCCAAGGGGAAGAUUGUCGUCUACAAUGAACCUUUCAUCAAUUAUGGUGAAACUGUGCAAUACAGGUUACAGGGAGCAGUGGAAGCUGCUAAAGUUGGAGCAGUGGCAUCCCUCAUUAGGUCUAUUGCUUCUUUUUCUAUUCACAGUCCACAUACUGGAGAGCAGAGUUACCAGCCUGAUGUACCCCAAAUUCCCACUGCUUGCAUCUCUGUGGAAGAUGCUGAAAUGAUGUCACGAAUGUCUCUCCGUGGCACUAAGAUUGUUGUGCACCUGAGGAUGGGAGCUAAGACUUAUCCAGACUCUCUAUCCUUUAACACUGUGGCAGAGAUAGUUGGAAGCAAGUACCCAGAGCAGGUUGUAUUGGUCAGUGGACAUCUGGACAGCUGGGACGUUGGGCAGGGAGCUAUGGAUGAUGGUGGUGGAGCAUUUAUAUCGUGGGAAGCAUUAUCACUCAUUAAGGAUCUGGGACUUCGUCCAAAAAGGACACUGCGCUUGGUGCUGUGGACAGGAGAAGAGCAAGGAGGAGUAGGUGCCAAGCAAUACUAUCAGUUGCACAAGGAAAAUAUCUCCAACUUUGAUAUCGUUAUGGAGUCUGAUGAGGGCACCUUCAAGCCAUCUGGACUGGGUUUUGCUGGCAGUGCAGAAGCCCGGGACAUCGUGAGAGAGAUCAUGACUCUGCUGCAGCCCAUCAAUGUUACGGCUGUUUACAACACUGCAGAUGGAACAGACAUCGCUUUCUGGAUGAGAGACGGGGUGCCUGGUGCCAGCUUGCAGGAUGACAUCAAUAAAUACUUCUGGUUUCAUCAUUCUCAAGGGGACACGAUGACAGUUCAGGAUCCAAACCAGAUGAAUCUCUGUGCUGCUGUUUGGGCUGUUGUCUCCUAUGUAAUUGCUGACAUGGAGGAUAUGUUGCCAAGGUAAUAAAACAGCAAGAAAGAAGAUCUCUGUUCUUCAGUAAAGUUUGUAAGUCCACUAAUGCAUGUGGACUAUGGCCAUAGUAAAUUCUGCUACCCUUGAAUUUCUGCUUUAUUAUUAUAUCUGUUUUCCUCAAAACACACUCUCUUUUAUGCAUUCCUGCUUCUUUUUGCUGUUUUGAUCUUUUCCAUUUGUGGUUUUCACUUAAGGGUAUUCCUUUAAGUACUUUUUAAAUUUCAGAUGAAGAUAUGGUACCUCUUUGACUAUGAUAUAAUAACCAUUUGUAUGCACAGUGAUCUUCUGCAGCAGGAAAAAUAUACCAAAUAAAUUUUUUGCAACAGAAUAA